AUGUUGUUCUUUGAAACACUUCGCCAGAAGGCAUCUCAAAUCCCCUUUUUGGAUAAAAUUUCGGAGAAUUUCUUAUCUACAUUGUCUAGGGAUGAGAAGUUUAGGUUGAAAUAUAAACUGCCUGAAGAAGAGAACUUGUUGAAUGACAUUAGUGUUGACAUCUCUGUAAUUACUGGGUAUAAUCUAUCUUCAGAGGCUGAAGCCGCAGCUGAAAAUAGAACUAGUACAUAUGUGUACUCGGGGAGAUUGUUUCUUACAGACCACUAUUUGGUAUUUCGAGAUUCUGUGAAUAAUGACAGCUGCAGAUUUACUUUGAACAUUUCAACCAUUAAAAAGGUCGAAAGAGCUCAAAACAAUUCACUUUUGUUUUCACUAAAUGUGGUCUUGUAUGAAGGUACACGUAUGGUUAUUCAAUUUAUUGGUAGCCGCUAUAAAUCUGAGGAGUUCUCGUUGAUGUUAAAGACAAAAUUGAAACAGAAUAUCCAAAAUACGAAAAGGUUACAUGAUUUCGUAAAAGGAUUUUACUCUGAUUACUUGAUAUCCAAAAAUGUGUUGAAGAAUGGUGAUGCCGAGCCUCCGGCAGGUGGCCUUGGUCAAAUAUUUAAGUAUCCUGGCGACCAUAUUGCGCAGAAAGAAAAGGCGAAGUUAAGGCUAUGGUUCGAGUACUUUAGAGAUAAUGGAAUUAACUUGAGCCUUGUUCGGCAACCGAUGUUUAAUAAACUUGUCAGGGUUGGUAUACCAAACCGUCUACGUGGUGAAAUUUGGGAAUUAUGUGCAGGUUCAAUGUAUCUAAGAUUUGCUCACCAAGAUGAGUAUCAAAAAAUUCUCGAGGACAACAAGGGUAAAAAUUCCAAGGCGAUUGAGGAGAUCGAGAAAGAUUUAUGCCGGUCCUUGCCAGAGUAUUCUGGCUAUCAGGAUGACGAAGGUAUACUGAGACUAAGAAAUGUUUUGGUGUCUUAUUCGUGGAAAAACCCAGAUGUCGGCUACUGCCAGGCUAUGAAUAUUGUUGUUGCAGCAUUGUUAAUUUUUAUGACAGAAGAGCAGGCUUUCUGGUGUUUAACAAGGUUGUGCGACACCUAUAUUCCAGGAUAUUAUUCUAAGACAAUGUAUGGUACACUUCUAGACCAGAGAGUUUUUGAAUCACUAGUAGAAAGCAAGAUGCCUUUAUUGUGGGCUCAUAUUACUACCCAUGAUAUUCAAUUAUCUACAGUGUCGCUCCCUUGGUUUCUUUCAUUAUUUUUUACUUCAAUGCCGUUGACGUUCGCAUUUAGAAUAAUGGAUCUAUUUUUCCAUAGUGGACCGAAGUGCCUCUUCCAAGUUGCAUUAGCAGUUUUGAAAAUUAAUGGGGAAGACCUUCUCGAAGUAGAUGAUGAUGGGAUGUUUAUUGCCAUUUUGAAAAACUAUUUCCAAACCUUGGAUCAACCUGCUCAUCCAGAAUCUACCGACAUUAAAUAUCAGCAGUUUACGAAAUUUCAAGAGCUUUUGGUUGUUGCAUUUAAGGAAUUCAAUGUUAUAACGGAAGAUUUGGUUGAAUUAGAGAGGAGUAAGCAUAAGAGCACCAUUUUCCAGAAUAUUGAAUCGUUUGCUAAAAGGACACAGCUACGUAACCUGCCUCCGGUGAGGAAUUUGACGCCGGAAAACAUCUCUAACAUUUACGAUAUUUAUUAUCAAAGCAUCGAAACUCAUAAAAUCAGUAUGGGUGUGGGAUCUUCGAAGAUGAAUCUCAACGCUUUUGGCUUAUUCCUAGCGAAGUUUUGUGACUGGUGUAAGCCAAUAGAAGGGGAUGAUAAACCAAUCUAUCAGAAUCAAAAACAAGCCUUUAUAAAACGGUUAUUCGACAGGUGGGAUUUUACAUCUUCCGGGGAGUUAACAUUGAGCGACGUUGUUGUUGGAAUUGAUAAAUUGGUCAGUAAGGAUCUGAUGGAAAUGGUAAAUACUUUCUUUGAAUUAUUUGAUGAUAGGAAGACUGGGCAAAUUCAAAGAGAGGAAAUACUACAGAUGUCUGAGGCCUUAUUAUUUUUGACUAAACCGUGGGAAAUCGGCAAAUUUGCUGAUUUUAUUACACAGCAAACCAUUGAGAACGAUAUUGCAGAGAAUAUCGCAAGUCGAAGCGAUUUGAAUUUUAACGAAGACGUAGCUAUUCCUAAAGGCGUGGUAAUAGACGAUCAGAAGUACAAGCAAAUGCAACUAGAGAGGUAUUUAGAAGCAGCUAGCAGUUUUUUGAAAAGAUGCUUUGAGUACGCCCGUCCUUUGGAAAUAGAUGAUUCCAUUGAUCUGAUAGACGUGAAUGACAGUGUCACUGAAGAAAGGGAUGAAAUGGAAGCAAAGGAGCUUGAAUCCAUAAAGGCUAACGCAGCACUAAACCCAGAAACGCCUAGAAUUAUUGAUCUACCCACUUUUAGGAUGAUUAUCCUGGCUAAUGAGACGUAUGAACUACUCUUUUCCAGUACUUUACGCAAGUCCAUCCAUCUUGAUGAAGAAGUCAACGCAUUUGAUGACAAAGUAAAGGCUUUACGGAACGUUUUCGAUGGUCUCAUUGCGGAUGGCAGAAGGGUUGCUCAUCAGGUUCGCCGUCGUGUCGACUCAGUAACCACCAAGACCAAUGCAUCCAUAAACUCCAACGAUAAACAAGAUGAUCUUGCAGAUUUCUCCGCUGAACAAACUAGCGAUCAUGCAGAUAUACUUGCAGAUGAUUUACUGGACUUGGGAAUUGACAAUGGUAACACCCAACAUCAGCGGCAAAAGGUUGAUAUGUUGAAUGUGUCAUCUCAUAACACAGAUUCCAAAGAUUUAAAUCUGAUUGAGUUUGAAGCCUGA